AAUAAAGGGCUUGGAACUUUUGUUCCUCUGAACAAACAAAUCUGCGUUGGACGCAGUGACUUCAAGCGUCCCCCUCGAGCCGUAAAACACCGUUAAACUUGCAGUUGGUUUUAGAAUUCGCGUGCGAUGAAAAACGUUGAAACUCCAACAGCUUCGACGGUUGGGGAACAUUCAACGGUUCUGAAGUCAGGAGUGAGAGAUGUUUGCAGAUCCAGACCAAAGCAUGGAUGCUUGGGACAGUUCCCUACCCGAGAGCAUCAACCCUAAUAACUUCCCUGCCAAACUGUGGCGUUUGGUGAAUAACCCAGUAAAUCAAGCCAUCUGCUGGGACAGAGAAGGCUUUGUCGUCGUCAUCGACCAGCAUCUCUUCGAGGAGAAGAUCCUGUCACCUAGCAGCAGCAGCAGCAGUGCCUCGGACAACAAAGACGUCUUCAAAACAACCAACUUCUCCAGCUUUGUUCGUCAGCUCAACUUGUACGGCUUCAAGAAAGCCGAUGCCAACAUGAGAAACUGCCACGCGGACCAGCCGCAGUUUCACUACUUCUACAACCCGAACUUCAAGCGGAACCACCCUGAACUAGUCACGAGUCUGCAGAGGCUGACUGUCCACAACAAGGCCAAGAUACAAGCCGGUCUGGAGGUGAAAAACCGGGGUUCGAGCAGACACCUGCAAUGCAGUGGUGAUGGCCUGGAUAAAGACGUGAAAAGAGGCAUGUGUCACAGCAUGACUCAAAGGCACACCCACAAGGAGUCAACUUAUCCAUACCCUCCAAAUAAAGCUCAGGCCGCGCCGGCUCACAAUGGAACCCCAGUCCCACCACGGUUCCUGACAAGAGGUCACGGUGCUGCUCUUUCGCCUAGCGUUUUCGCUGCAAACAAAGGGAUUCCUGUUUCUCUGAGCCCAAACUACACUGGAGCGGCCUCCAGCUCCAACGCUGUGCUCCAUUCGCAGGGUUUAUUGACCUGCACUAACUGCGGGAAUCCAAAUUUCCCAUACAACCUGCCGUUUCAGCCUGGCUACUAUUCCCCACUUUACUCGUGCUACCAUCAGAACCUUGUGGCAUCACAAAUGGCAAGCAGUGGUCUUCAGAAUAGUCCCUUCCCCACCCAACGUCACUACCAGGCGAGCUGCCUUGUGAAUACGUUAGGUGGUGGGGACAACAAUCUGGACUCAAAGAACAAGGAACACCAGGAGGUGAAAAAAUUUAACAUUAACAUGGACAGCAUUUUCCAGAUUGCAGAUGAGAUGAUGCAAACUAGGCCCAAUAGCAGCGUAAUUAGAGUUGUGACACCGGACAAGCCAGGCGCCCUGUCAGUGCCGCUCUCCGCCAACAACAACGACAUCAUCAUUAAGUCUGUGACAGGCUCCGCUGAUCUUUUUGCACAGCAGGAGCUAUCUGGGAACACACAACCAGAGCAAGAGCUAAAAGACACCACAUUAGAGGUUACCGUUGAUGAUGCAAAGGACUGAGGUUAGAGGUGAUGAAGUUAACGACACUCUGACGGACACCAGUCAGGCUGACAGCCGUACCCGCACAGGAACUGCACCUCAUUU